AUGGAAUCCUGCUGCACCUGUACGACGGUCCUCUCGUCCACUCCUCCCUAUUCCAAAGAAGCAGAGGCCUUACCCCAUGACCGCCGCCUCGAGUGCUGUGCUAGGAUAAUCUGUGGCAAAUGUAUCCAUGAGAAUAAACGCUUCGCCGGCUAUUGCCCUUACUGUCAAGUGUCGUCAACCCCGUCCCCUCUACCACAGCGACUGAGAGAUCCGCCGGCCUAUACCUCGAUGCCAUCGUCAAGUGCCCGAACUACGGGAAUCUCGGAUACGCCUCCGCCGUACAUGCCAGCCCCCGAGACCAAAGGAACCGCCGAGGCCGGAAAGCAUACUCCCGAGUUCGACGACGAAAAGACAGCCGCUCAAGAUAUCCUCCAUUUCCUUGACCAUAAACUCGACAGUGUCACAUCCUUAUCUCUUCGAUACGGGGUACCGACUGCCGUUUUUCGACGAGUCAACAACAUUACUAGCGACCAUCUCUUAGCCGGGAGAAGGACCGUCCUAAUCCCUGGCGAGUAUUACAAGGGCGGCGUUAGCCUCUCCCCGCGACCUAUCGAGGGCGAGGAAGAGGAGCUGAGAAAGAACAAAAUCCGCCGCUUCAUGACCUCGUGCAAGGUGUCCGACUAUGACAUAGCAGUGCUAUACCUCGAGCAGGCUGGAUAUGAUACUGGGGCUGCCGUCGAAUCGUACAUGGAUGAUGAGUUAUGGGAGGCGGAGAACCCUCCAGACAACCGAGGGCUAGGGCGCAGGAUAAGCAAGGGAUACAAGAUUCGCGGGCCCUUUUGGAGAGGACUGUGA